AUGGAGCAGCGCGGCGCGGCUCCCGCCGUGCUGGCCACCACCAGGCAAAUUCAGAAUACACACACGGGGCUGGAUUUGUCCGUACCGGAAUACCAGGAAAUCCGUGGGAAGAUGAUGUCUGGCCAUGUCGAGUAUCACAUUGUUGUUGUUACCCGACUGGCUGCCUUCAAAUCAUCAAAGCACAAGCCUGAAGAUGUGGUUCAAUUUAUGGUUUCCAAGAAGUACAGCGAGAUCGAGGAGCUCUACCAGAGACUGGCAGCACGGUAUCCACAGGUCUCUCUGCCACUCCUGCCUAGAAAAGUUCUCUUUGUGGGGGAAUCUGACAUCUCUGAGCGAAGAGCUAUGUUCAAUGACAUCAUGAAAUUCAUCUCCAAAGAUGAGGAUCUAGCAACGAGUCCUGAGUUACUGGAAUUUUUAGGAACAAAAUCUUCCAGUGCCAUUGACUUCAAGGGUAAAAACAUACCCGAUGACAGGGAGAAAGAAGAUGAAGAAAAUGAGGAAUUGGAUUUUUUCCAAGAGGAGAAGACACCUGACUUAAUCUCACAGCUUUUAUCAGUGGAAGAUGUCAAAAAAGGGGAGAAAAAAGAAGAGGGAGAUGAGGAAGAAGAAGAAAUUUUAGACCCUCUUGGUAUAAUCAGAACCAAAAAAGCAAAGAAGACAGCUGCUCCUCCAGCCAAGGAAGAGAAGCCCAAAUUAACCAUUUUUGAAGAGGAGGUGGAUCCAAAUGAAGGACUCUUUGGUCCAGAAAAAGAUUUCUCAUCAAUCGGUCCCAGAAGAAAGAUUAAAGAGAAUCUGAAGUUAUUUGAAGACCCAGACCUUGGUGGGGUGGUGAGACUGGGUGACUCACUCCUGCUGCCAGCUGCCUGUGAGCACAGCAAGUAUGUGCUGAGCAGCGAUCCUGAGGAGGACACUGAGGAGCUGCUGAGAGUUGAAGAUGAUUUUGAGAAACUCUUAGAGGUUACCUCCAAACCAAAACCUAAGGUCCCACCAAAGCCACCUCUGCCUCAGAAGCCAGCAGUUGCCCCCAGGAGCACUAAUUCACCUUCACUGGCAAAGCAAAAGGAAGACAGGAUUCAGAUGAUGAAUGAAGUGGACAUUCUCCAGUAUAUCCAGGAAAAUGAAUCUAUCAACAACCAGGACACCAGUCUUUUUUGAACAUAUGUAUUUUUAAAAUGUCCUGAUGGCUUCUUGGCCCCUCCUCCCAGUGAGCUGCAGUGACAGCAGCAAGAACUGACCAGGUGUUUC